AUGCAGGCUGUCACUCAUCUUACUCUUCUCACCCUCCUUUUUGUAAACUCAGCUCUUUCAUCUACCUCCCCCAUAACUGAUACAAAUAGACCUAAUACUACAGGCAGUGAGUCAAACACAAGUACAAAUUUACUAAGUACAUCUGGCAUAAUUGUUUCAUCUACAAGUGAUGUAUUCACCACAAUGGUCACUUCUAAAACACAAAGUAACAAUGAAGUGUCCCCCUCCACAAAAGACAGUCAAUCAUCAGGGCCUUUCACUAGCACCACUUCACUGGAGACCAGCAACCUAAACACUGCAGGUCCCAGCCAUCCUUGCCAAGAUGAUCCCUGUGCAGAUAAUUCAUUAUGUGUUGGGCUGCAUGAUACACAUUUUUGCCUGUGUUUAGAAGGGUAUUACUACAAUUCUUCUACAUGUGAGAAAGGAAAGGUAUUCCCUGGGACGAUUUUAGUGAAAGUUUCAGAAGCAUUUAACUCAGAAGAGAAAAAUUCUCAGGCCUAUCAAGACUUCUAUGGAGAAAUUACUAGCUUCUUUGAAACCGUAUUUGGCACAUCUGUUUAUGGACAGACCAUAAUUCUUGCUGUAAGCACACUUCCAUCAGCAAGAUCUGAAAUGCGUGCUGGCCACAAGAUUGUUAAUGUAACAAUAGUAACAAUUUUGACAGAAACCACAAAUGAAAAUGAGACGACUGUGGCUGAUAUAAUUGAUAAGGCAAUUAGAAAUGACUCAAUCAUUCAGAAGUAUAGUGAGAUCCUUCGGUGUGAUUAUUACGGUUGUCAAAAGGCCGAGAAUGGAUGCAUCAAUAGUUUAGCAUGUGAAUGCAAACCUGACCUGAUAAGGCCUAACCCGCAGAGCCCUUUCUGUGUUGCUCCCAGUCUAAAGUGUCCUGAUACCUGCAACGCAGAGCACAGGCAAUGCUUGGUAAAGAAGACCGGUGCGGACCCCGAGUGUGCGUGCGUGCCUGGCUACCAGGAGGACGCUAACGGGAACUGCCAAGAGUGUGCUUUCGGCUACAGCGGACUCAACUGUGAGGACAAUUUUCAGCUGAUCCUCACUAUUGUGGGCACCAUCGCCGGCAUUGUGAUUCUCAGCAUGAUAAUUGCAUUGAUCUUCACAGCAAGAUCAAAUAACAAAAAGAAGGAUAGUGAAACACAGAACUUGAUUGACGAAGACUUUAACAAUCUAAGACUGCAGUCGACAGGAUUCAGCAAUCUUGGAGCAGAACGGAACAUCUUUCCUAAGGUCAGGAUAGCGGCCUCCAAAGACAGCCAUGUGCACAAUCCCUACGCCGGCCACGGCAACGUGCCCCGCCCUGACUAUUAGAAUCAUAAAAUUGUGGAACCCACCGUGGCCCCCCACCCACUGUACAAGCUAUUAUUCUGAGUGUUUAGAAAGACUGAUGGAGAAGUGAGCACCAGUAAAGAUCUGGCCUCCAGGGCUUUUCUUCCACCUGACAUCUGCCAGCCUCUCUGAACGGAAGUUGUGCAUGUUUGCAAUGAAUACAGUUCGCUUGCUAAAUAAGAGUCUGUGACAUUGUAUGUAGUAGAUGCUAUUAGCAUUUGUCAGAUAGGUGGUUUUCUUCACAGGAGUAGUGAGACCAUGGUUAGGGUUGUUUCUUAAAGUUUUUUUACUGGUAGGGGAACAAGAACCAUCUCCUAUCUGGGGAAAGCUCCCCAGCAUUGCUUGCUCCUGGCUGAGCAUUGCUGUUGAGUUAAGUGACUUAAUUCCCCCGGGAGACAUCGCAUCAACUUGGAGGUCUGAGGGGAUGAGAAGAGAUACCUAUCAUCUUUUAAGGGUCACAGCUUACUCUUUGAAAAGUCAGAAUAGGGAUACUGCUUCCAUCCCUCCAAUGGGGGAAUUUUGGCAACCUUUGAACUGCCCAGAGCUUGCAACCUAGCCUCACCCAAGAAGAUAGGAAAGAGAGAUAUCUCUCAGUUUUUUCAGAAGGUGUGACUGGGAAUCCAGGAACUUUUUGAUGCUAAUUAGAAGGCCUGGACUAGAAAUGUCCCCUAUAGGGUACACUCUACAGUUUUUGAAACACUAGGUGGUAGAGAGGACAAAGAGAGAAAAAAAAACCAUGACUGGGUAGAAGGAAGAGAGGGAACGGAAACUGGGCUGGGAGGUGAAUUAGAGAGGAGGCACCUGGGAUCCACCUUCUCCCUAUGGUUCCCUCCUCUAUCAGCAAAGGAGCACUUCCUCUAAUCAUGCCCUUCUGAAGACUGGCUGGGAGAAGGUGUAAAAACAAAAAAACCAGGAGUAAGAGCCUUACGUCAGUUUGAAACUGGAGACAUGCUCUCUGGCCAAGGAUGCAAGAGGGAGCUUGUGCUCAGGAGUCCAGCUGUCCAGACUCAGGGUGUAGGUUCUCUUUGGAAGAAUCUAAAAGAACUUUUUGAAUGCAAAUGCAACAGUGUGUGCCAUUGGGACCUCAGCCUUCCCUGGUGACAGAGGCUUAGCUGUGGCCACCAGCACACACACACACACACACACACACACACACACACACACACACACAGAAUGGGGCAACCACAUCCAGCACAAGCUUUUACAAAUGUUAUUAGUGUCCUUUUUUAUUUCCAAUGUCUUGUCCUCUUAAAAGUUAUUUUAUUUGUUAUUAUUAUUUGUUCUUGACUGUUAAUUAUGAAUCGUAAUGCAAUAAAGUACCUUUGUUAGAUGGUG